AUGGAGGAACAGGAUUUCCAGAGGAACAAGCAAUGUUAUCUCUCAGCUCUGGCAUCAGAGCUUGUUGUUGUGGUUACCGACUCUCGAGUGCUGUGGGGUGUUGCACAAAUUGUUGCCAAUAUCCCCAGCUCUACCUCGUCUGCCACUGGUCGCCAAGGCAGUGCCUCUUGGCCCUCAUCUGAUCCGAGGGCAGAAAUCAGCCUCCUGGAAAUCAACCAGGAGCUUCAAUCCAAGCUGGAAAAAAGCCAGCAGGACUUCCGAGACCUCAAGGAGAAAUUCCUUAUGUCCGAAGCUACUGCCUACUCCCAGGCCAACCAGCUGCAGAAAUACAGUAAGUCCUACAAGGUUAUGGUCUCCAACGUGAUGACUGUGUGUAUUCCUUCUGAGACAGUAAAACUCUCCAAACGUAAUCUUCUCUAUUUCCGUUGUCACGAUAAAUUUCAUUCUGGCCACAAUCCAGGAGAGGUAGCAGUGGGGUGUAAAGAGCUCACCGACAUCAUCGAAUCCGUGCUGGGGGAGAAGCUGCAGUUGGAGGAGGGGAAGCGGACAGAGGUGUUAGCUGAGAAGCUCAGGCAAUGUCAUAUCCUAAUUAAAGAUCAUGCUAAAGAGCUGACCCGGUUGUAUCAAAAGUUACGGGAAGGGACAGAUAUUUCUGAACGCCUCAAUGAGCACCUCGAGGACCUCCUCACCCACGAUGACCCUGAGCAUUCUCGAGGGCAGGGUUUCCAAGAGCAGCUGACUGAGGGAGGCAGGCUGGCCAAGCGCCUUGCCCGAAAGCCCAGUGCAGAAAAUUAUGACGAUGAGGAGGAUGAAGAAAAACAAGAAACACUCACCCCCAGCCUGGAGCAGCAGGAAGUUGAAAAGAAGGGGAUCCUCCAGGACCCACCGGAUGAAUGUGUUUUGACUCCUUCAAUUCUUCAAGACAGGAGUGAGAGCCACCAGGCUUCCGGUGAUGGUGAAUUUUCAUCUGAUGAACAAGAAUUCGACUCUGCUGUGGAUCUACCCUGUGAAUGUUCCCAGUCCAAAGGGGCUGAAACUCCACGUGGUCCCCCAGAAAAUCAAAAAGAUCUUGGGAAAGGAAAUGGACACCACCCAAUGUCCCCCAGCCUAGAGCAGCAGGAAGUUGAAAAGAAGGAGGUCCUCCAGGACCCACCGGAUGAAUGUGUUUUGACUCCUUCAAUUCUCCAAGACGGGAGUGAGAGCCACCAGGCUUCCGGUGAUGAAAAUCCAAUCCAUCAUGAGGAGGAAGGAGACCAAGACCUGAUAUGCCCCAGAUCUCCCCACCCUACCAGGCUCAGCAGGGAGCUGCCAGAGGUGAAAGAGCAGGAUGUCCCACGGGACCCCCUGGAUGAAUGCUAUCUGACUUAUUCAGCCCUUCCUGACCUGUCUGACUCCCACAAGACUUCCUUGAGGGCCAACAUGAACUCAUUUGAAGAUGUGGACAUCUGUUCUGCUCUGGAAGUAGCUAGUGAGUCCUCCAUCAUCAAGGAAAUCAUAAUGAUUGUUGGGAGGAAGAAGACCAAGGCCAGAUAUGCCCCCAGUACUCCCUGGAACACGAGGCUCCACAGGGAGCUGCCAGUGGCAGAAGAGAAUGAAGUCCCACGGGACUCACUGGAUGAAUCUUAUUGGACUCCUUCAGUUGGCCAUGACCUGCCAGACGCCUGCAGGCCUUAUACAAGUGCCUCAUUCACAUCUGAUAAGCAGGAACUCUUCUUGGGUCUGGAUGUGGACGCUCCCAUGCAGGUGCCCUGUCACCGGGGGCUAUUGAGUGGAAACUUGACUUUCCUAAGGGCAGAGGUGCAAACUUCAAGAGCACAGCCACAGCCCAGCACCAAGGAGGCCAAUUCUCUGCAGUUGCAGCUGGGCCAGCAGUUGGAUCGUGGUGACAACAGAGCCAGGCUCGACCUCUCCCCCACCAUCUGGAGCCUGGCAGCCAAGAUGGGUUCUGGGGACCAAAGGCCACUCUCCCAAGAGCUGGGUUUGGAUGCAUCCGUGGGCAUGACAAACCACACUCUCAAGCUGGAAGGUGAAACUGCUGAGGGCUCGGUGGCCAGUCAGUGUGAGUGUCAAGUCUUUGACCCCGUGAAGGCCCUAGGUGUCACGAAACACAGGAUUAUCAAGAGGAAACUGCAGUUCAUCCAGGGGCAACUUGCAUGCAGAUUUCCCCGCCUUCAAGCUUAG